CUCGCGCCGCCAUUUUGUGAAAAUUUCCCGCGUUUUCCGCGACAGAUAAGAAAUUUAAAAAGUUGUGAUCGUCAUUUCGUUGGACAAAAGGGACAUGCUACUUAAAAUUUUACUGAAUUUGUUGUGAUUAAAAUUAGCAAGUAUAACUUAUGAAUAUGAAUUUUUGAUACACGUGCAUAUUCACAUGACACUGACCUGAUGAAUACAUCGAUUUAUUAUGAUAUGACAUUCAGCCCCGGCCCUGCUUUUGGUCCUUGGCAGAGAACUAUAUGUAUUUGGAAGAAAAUAAUAAACAACAGUGAAAGUCUAGGUGAAAUCUGAUGACUAAAGACAUUUAGAUCGAAACUUUCCCCUUGUCUACUUAGAUUUAUGGUUUCACCCGCAUAUUUUUCAAACACUAAAAGUUGUUAUCAAAUCGAAGGCUCCAUAAUAUUAAAAACACAUUAGCUAUCAGUCGUGUAUUCCUUUUACGCGCCGACAACAGCUAUUUAAAUUGUCAGUUAGGCUAUUUUUUCACUGUUUAAAACCAAAACUUAACUUCAGUGGAGCACAAAAAAAGUUUGUAUUGUUUUACCUGCCAGUGCUUUUAAAUAGCAAAAAACUUUUUGCUGUUUUAAAAAUAAAUCUACUAAGUACAGAUUACAAAACUUUGCGAUGAAAAGAGUUCCUUGUGAAAAAAGUUUUAAGUCGUGCAAGCGAAAAUGGUUCCAAGGCUGAGCGAUGGCACUGACGAACCUUCGUUUGUUUCGCCCCAUGAACUCUAACAUGGGAUGUACACAUCGUCAGGCGACCCCCAUGAGGGCCACACCAUCGGCAUUGGCAAGAAGCCUGUCCAAGUCUGCUGAGACGCUAGUAGCUACUACCAGAGGUGGUAAAGAACUACGCACUCGCAAAGCCCGCAGCACCGAGCAGCCUGGUGCUGGUCUGGUGAAAGGCACCAGCUCGUUGGGACUCCCUGCGAUUGGGAAGCACUGGGGAAGGGACGACGACAGCCUUGCCAGUGGGAGGAAUGGGAGCGGCAGCAGUCGUGCUGGCAGCGUGGACCGGAGUACCACACGCGGCUCCAGCACUACCCUCAACGGGGAUGAAGACAAUAUCAAUGUGGUUGUCAGAAUACGUCCCCUCAACGACAAAGAGAAGGGCACAGGUGAACAGGAGGUCCUUGAAUUUCCUGGCAAGGGGCAGGUGAUCUGCCACACCAUGACACCUGGCCAGAAGCCCAAGGUGUUCUCCUAUAACGUCGUCUUCGAGCCGGCUGCGACACAGGAAGACGUAUUAGAAUAUUCUGGAGUGAAGAGGCUGCUCGAGAUGGCAGUGGAAGGUUUCUCCUGCACAGCCUUCUGCUACGGGCAGACAGGGAGCGGGAAGACACACACCCUCACUGGACCUCCAGGACUGGUAGAGAGAGGCACGAGUCCUUACUCCCCAGAGCACGGCCUGGUGGUGCGCUCCUUCGUGUACCUGUUCCAGCUCAUACAAGAGCGGCCUGAAUGCCACUUCAUCCUCAAGGCUUCCUUCUUGGAGAUAUACAAUGAAAAGGUGAUUGAUCUACUGAACCCUGGCAGCGCGCGGAAACCGCUCCAGGUGCGGUGGUCAAAGGAGAGCAGAAGUUUCUACGUGGAAAACCUGUUCACAGUAGAUUGCGAGCAGCUGGAUGACUUGUUUGCUGUUCUGGAAGAAGGCAUGAAGAACCGCGCGGUAGGCGCGCACGCGAUGAACGCGCACUCCUCUCGCUCGCACACGUUACUAAGCGUGCGCGUGCGCCGCGACCUGCGCGCCGACGCCAAGAUCACGUGCUCGACUCAUGGCAAGAUCAACUUCGUGGACCUGGCCGGCAGCGAGAUGACGAAGAAGACUCACAGCACGGGGAAAACGCUUGAAGAGGCCAAUAAUAUAAACAGGAGUCUUAUGGUUUUAGGUUACUGUAUAGCACAACUCAGCGACGGAAAGAAAAGAGGCCAUAUCCCAUACCGGGACAGCAAGCUGACGAAACUUCUAGCCGACAGUCUUGCCGGGAACGGAGUCACAUUGAUGAUCGCGUGCAUAGCCCCAACGAGAUCAAACAUCAGCGAAACCAUCAACACUCUUCGAUACGCCUCUAGAGCUAAGAAGAUUAAAUCCAAACCUAUAGUCAAAAUGGAUGCGAGAGACGCUCUAAUACUGAGCUUGAAGAGGGAAGUGGAGGCUUUGCAGACGGAAAACGAACACCUCAGGACGGCGUUACACGUGCAGACAGAUUAUACUUUGGAUAGUUACAGUAACCGCCGCACACCGCCUCAAAUUGAACCGAACAAACUCUACCAACUGCCCCAAUCAGAGCUGGUAGACCUGGUGCAACUGCACAUGCAAGAAAAUACCGCGUUGAGGACCGAAAACACGGAACUCUUCAACGUGAGGGACCAGCUCCUCAGGGACCAGGAGUUGCUGAGUCGGGAGAACGAGAGGCUUUUGAAAAAGCUCGAAGAUGUCAAUUCGACGAUUUUCGGAUUCAGCUGAUGUCCGAAAGAUCAGAGGUCAGUGGAAGCAGUGGAACGCACGACACGCAUGAGAAUUGAAUCACCUUUCACCUAAAUAUAAAACAAAAUAAGUAAAAAUGGUUUAGGUGCAUGAUGAUAACAAAGAAAUAAUAAAAUCAGCACUGUCACGUGUGGAUUAGACUAGUGAAAUUUUGAUAUGGUUAAUUUUACAGAGUUAUACAUAAUACUUGUCCAAUUAACCCUUUAUCUGAGGAUAGGACAUAUGGAAGUAUUAUGGCAUCAUAUUGUGACCUUAAUCAGUAAUGUAGGAUUUUCUGUUUUAAUGAAUAUGCACUUGUUAACAUAAAGCCAGGUCUCCAACGCAUGUUUUGCUCUACAAAAACAUGUCAACAUCCAACAAAAUUGCCUACAAAAAAUGUUGAAUGUUGACAUGUUUUUGUAUAUUGUGUAGGGCAAAACGCACAAAAAAGCGAAUUGGUCCAAUUACGAAUUGGACCAAUCGCGAAUUGGACUAAUAGCGAAUUUGUGAAUUUUUCACGAUUGGCCCAAUUGCGAAUUGGACCAAUCGCGCCUAAACGCUUAACUAUAACCCUUAAUUAUACAUACUAAUAGCACAAUUAAUUCCAGUGUUUGCAUACGCUCACCCAUCAUUCCUGCGCGACCAACGUACUCGGACGGUGGGACUAUUGGCGCCAAUGUUUGGACCAACCCUGCCGUGGCCACGCCCAACGUUGGAGCCAAUGAAAACACUUUUGGUA